GCUAGCUAGCCAUCAAGGUAUAAUAACUAAGGAGCUAGCUAGGAGGAACGGAAGAUACGGCGGCGCGGCCAUGGAUGGUGAAAAGAGCAAGAUCCUGAUAUUCGGAGCGACUGGUUAUCUGGGACAGUUCAUGGUCAAAGCAAGCGUUUCCAUGGGCCACCCCACUUUCGCCUAUGUCCGCCCCAUCAACCCCAGCUCCGACGACCCUUCCAAACUCCUCUUGCACCGCCACUUCCAGUCCAUCGGCGUCACCAUUUUCCAAGGAGAGCUAGAGGAGGAGGAGAAGCUUGUUUGGGUGCUCCGGCAGGUCGACGUCGUUAUCUCGACACUGGCAGUGCCUCAACAUCUCCAUCAGCUCAAGCUUAUCACUGCAAUGAAGCGGGCCGCCAACAUUAAGAGGUUCGUUCCCUCAGAAUUUGGGAGCGACGUUGACAGGGUGAGAGGGCUGCCACCUUUCCAAGCUCUGCUCGACAACAAGAAGAAAGUAAGGAGGGCAACGGAGGCAGCUGGAUUAUCAUACACCUAUGUGUCGGCCAACUCGUUUUCAGCCUAUUUUAUAGAUUUCUUGCUCCACUCCCAUGACAAGAGCGAUCAAGUUACCAUCUAUGGAAGUGGUGAAGCCAAGGAUGUGGCAGCGUACACAGUGAAAGCGAGCACAGAUGAAAGAACGGCCAACCGGGUCAUUUACUGUCGGCCGCCGGGCAACGUUGUCUCCCAGUUGAAUCUGCUUUCGUCCUGGGAGCACAAGACUGGGCGGACUUUCACAAAAGGCCACCUCCCCGAGCAAGAUAUCAUCGACCUCUCCCGAACUCUGCCGGCGCCGGAAAACAUAAAGAUGGCCAUACUGUACAACGUAUUUGUUGAAGGAGCAGAGACGAGUUUCGAGCUGGGAGAGGAGGAGUUGGAGGCGUCGAGGCUCUAUCCAGACUACGACUACACUUCAGUAGAUAAGCUCCUCGACAUUUGUUUGCUUAGUCCGCCCAAACCAAAAUUGUCCACAUUUACUUGAUCCAUAUCAUCGGCCGGUCAUAAUAACUAUAAAAACAAAUUAUAUUUUGUAAUAUAUAUAUAUAUAUGUGUGUGUGUGUAUAUAUAUAUAUGAUUGUAAAAAAAAAAUGUUAAAUUUGUUACAAUCUUUUAAAGGGUGACUUGUGGUAGUGUUGACAAUGGGACGAGAUUAAUUAGUCUAUCUCAUUCAGCAUUUUUUUUUCUCUGUAAAUUUGAAUUGUAUUAAAAAAACUAACGCAAAAAAAAAAAAAAAAAAAAAACCCAAAGCAUACCCCACUACACAUAUAAAGCAAGAAACUAACACUAUGUUCAGAAUUCCAACAAAUGAAGUGGGAUCUAAACAAAUAAUAAUAAAAAAAAAUACAUCUCAACCAAAAUCUAACCAAACCUAUUCAAACAUUUACAUUGAUCAACUCACUUAUUCAUCAAGAUAAAUAGCAUAAACCAAAGGAGUAGCAAAAGGUCUUCAAAUCAUAUCUUGUGAUAACAAACUCCAGGAUCAAACACUCAUGGAUUUAAUGCCAUGAGAAAUUCAACCACAAUGAUAAUAUGUACACAGAUAAAAACUUGACCAAAGGAAUGUACCAGCUUUGAUCUCCAAAGUUUACUGUGGUGCAACCAACCCUAGGAUGCUCACUGACACAAACACCUAGGGCCAUCUCUGUUAAUUCAUAACUUACUCAAAGGUCGUCUAUUGUUUACUACGAAGACGUGGAGUUCUAUCCACUCCAGGUUAUUAAUCAGAAUGACAUGCUUGAGCAAGGAAAACUAGUUGGUAGGACGCCAGCCAUAUAAGAUAAAUGGAGACAAAGCCACUCCUCACGACAAUAUCUACACAAGUAAAAGCUAUGAUCAAUUGUAUGUACCAACUUUGGUCACUAAAGU